CAUAGACUGUUUAUAUAAAGGUGAGUACACACAGAGAGGCGGCCGACUGUCUGCGUGGAUGGUAAAAACUAUGUGGAUGAUGCACACUUUGCAGAUUUCUUCUCAGGAUAUUACUCUGCUUGUUCCUGCAUCUCUCAGGACCAGACAGCUCCAGGACAGAUCUUCUUGUUGAAAAGUCACAGUGAGAACAUCUGAAGAUGGAAAAAGCAUACCCACCAGAGGAAUCCUCUCCACCGUACCCUGGACCACCAAUGAACUACGGUGGUGUAGCACCUCCGCAAGUAAUGUAUCCUCAGCCGGGAUUCUCACCUGCACCGCCAUUUGCGGCCCACCAGACAGUCGCUCACGUGGUCGUGACACCUGCACUGCAGGAGGCCCCAGGACAAGCGGUGUGUCCCCACUGCCACCAGACUGUGGUCACCGUCACAGAAGUAAAACCAGGCCUCAUGACCUGGGCCAUCUGCGGCGGCCUCACCAUCUUUGGAUGUUUUCUUUGCUGCUGCAUCCCGUUCUGCAUUGAUUCCUGCAAAGAUGUGGAGCAUCGCUGUCCAUCAUGCAACAAACUCAUCUACUUAUACAAACGAUUAUAAAACCGUCCUGACUGUGAUCGUGGGACAAGAACUCACGCUACUUUCCCACACAUUAGCUUAUCAGUGGUUUUAGCUGCUUGACAACAUUCCCUUGAUAGUGAGGGAUACAGUAUAAUAUGAAAUGCACUUACUCUGAUUGUAUGCUGACUGUUUAUUUUGCAACAAUAUAUACUUCUUAAUGUGAAUUGUAAUGACUUGUGAAAAGGCAUGGUACUUAGGGUGAUUUAUAUAUAUGUCAAGCAAAAUGUGUAAGAGCUGUGUUUUAUUAUAAAUGUCAACCAUUUACAUCAACAAAUAUGCCAAUAAAAGCAAGCAACAGAAAGGUGUGUGCUGUAGUUUUGAGUUGGUCGCUUGACGUCUUACAUUUUCACACAUUUAGUGAAUAGCGUUGUAUUUCUGUAGAGGCAGGCUCUAAACCCUCAUAAUCAUUUGUUUUCAAAGUAAUAUUCGAGGAGCCCUUAUCGUUUGGCAGGACUUGUACGUGAUUUGCUCUGCCCUCUUGCUCCUCCCCAUGGUCUCACAUUCGAGGAACAUUAAAAGCAUUGGCAAGAAUAAAAGCCCUUUCUCAAACCACCCCUCACAACCUCUCCCUACCCACUCCCACUCCAUCUGUGUGAUGUGCAGGGAGCGUCGGCCACAUUAAGUGCCAUCCCAUACAAAUUAGCUGGGAGUGGAGAUGGGUUUUUAACCCUCCAACAACGAGUUUGCAUUAAUGUUGAUUUAUGGAUUGUGUGGUCCACAUGCAGCAUGCUUCAUGGAAAUGUUUGUUCUAUGCAAAUACCCACAUUUUCAAGCAGGAAAUUAAAUAUUCACCGUGUCAAUCAGUAGUUCAACACAAUAAAGUCAUACUUAUUCCGAUUCAUGUAUCAUCACUGUUUUAUUCCUGCAUGUCACGUGAACAGCUUAAUAGUGUCAGACAUUUUUUUCAUAAAGUCACAAAGUCCUUCAAGUAAUUAUAACAACAAAACACCAAACACAAUAAAAAAAAACAGUAUGAAAAAGAGAAAAUCACAUUCUCUGCUUUUGAGAUCAGGGCAGAUUAUUCCCACGUCUGCUUGUCUUAUCAGUGUGACGGUUGUAUUCCUAAUGUAAAUGGUAAUGUUCUUGUGAUCGAACUGUGACCUCUCAUUUUCCUCAGACUCUUCAUCGGGCCUUCAUGUGUCAAAGUCAUAUGCUCAGAGGAGGAGCAUCACACUCCCUUGGGUUUGGGAGUUGAAGGAUCAGAGGCACAGUGUGAAUACACCAUAAAAAUGUAAUAUAGACCUAAGGUUUUGCAGUGCUCCAAAGUGGAACUUAAGCCUCUCAGGAUUUUGUUCCUGGUGGCAGAACAGUACCAGUACUGUGCAUUUGUUUUGUUUUUUGUAUUAGAGGAAAUAUACGAUAGUGAUAUGACCAGAACAUCCUAAAUAUCCAAAGAGGAAACUUCUUCUCUGUCAGACUCCUGCUGAAAAUAGACUCUGAUAUAAUUUGAUAGAUUCUCAAUCUUUUUCUAAGAUAUACUAUUUUGUUAUUCUUUGUUAUAUUCUCUGUUGUAUUUCCUGCUACAAUAAAUUCACAAAAAGACA